AUGAGCACAGAACCGCUAGCCGCGUCCAGCGACAGCAGCGUACUUCACGAGGCCGCUAUUCCACCACACGGCAUUCCACUCGGACCUACUGCUCUACCUAAACCCACCGAAGAAGACCUCAGCAACUUUGUCACCUACCUGCGGAAAGCCUCGGCUUCUCGACCCGAGGCUGACACAGGCUCCAACCUCGACCACGAUCUCGACUCCUCCUACUGGGAUGCCGCCGCCAUGUCGCCGCUGACAGCGCAAUCGGCGGCCGCCCUCGCCCGCCUCCGAGCAUACAGGCCGCCGCCUCUGCCAACAUGGGACCGCCUGCCCGCCAGCCGCCGCGCUGCCGUGCUUCUCCUCCUAUUUGCCGAUCGCCGUGGCGAUUUGAGGGUCGUCAUCACCAUGCGCGCCGCCAGCCUUCGCAGUUACUCUGGACACGCUGCUUUCCCUGGUGGCAAGGCCGAUGACGUUCACGAGACGCCCUACCAGAUUGCCCGCCGCGAGGCCUUUGAGGAAAUCGGCCUGCCCAACAUACAUCACCCCCUGCCUGCCCCCUUCCGCAUCGAGUCGCUCUGCGAACUACCUUGCAACAUCGCCCAGACCCAGAUCGUCGUGCGCCCCUGCGUCGCCUUCCUGCACACCGACCAGACGACGGAAACGAGACCGCCCGGCGCGGCUGACGCUCAUGCCGACGCCCCUCCGCCGGCCGAGGCCAUGAUCCCCGUCCUCGACGCCAAGGAGGUUGCCGCCGUCUUCUCGGCCCCCUUCCACAACUUUCUGCGCGCCCAGGACGAGGCGACGGGCCGCACCCACCCGCCGGGUCACUGGUACGACGGCCGCUGGGUCAACUUUGGCGAGUCGCCGUGGCGCGUGCACAACUUCUACGUCCCCGUCGACGCGCAGCGCGUAUCUAAGCCCGAGGUGCAGCCCGAGGUGCCGCCCGCCGCGGCGCGUGCGCAAGACGAGAAGCAGCAAGAGGAGAUAUCCCAUGGCGGCCGCAACCUUUAG